CAACAUUUUUUCUUUACAGUCACGUGACAGAUAUGGCUACUGUAUUAUUACUUGCCCUUGACAAACAUAUGAAAUCAACCAAUUAUUCAUCAAUUGAAUCGAACAAAACAUCAAGAUGUUUUUAGAUCCAGCCAGAUGAAAUUGAUGAUGCUUUAUAUAUACACAACAUAUUGCUGGUGGUGAUUUGGCACUCACUGCCACGCAUCGGAUUAACCCAGUCCCUGUCUAACACCCUGGCCAUUUGGUGAAAACAAGUUUGUAGAUGUGGCUUUUACGUUCUGCAUUGGUAUGAUGGAGACAAAGUGUUUCACGUUUUGUCUGAAGGCGUGGUGAAUCUUUUUAAAACGGAAGCGCAAUGUUCGUAUCGGGUCACUAGAUCAUGAAAUAUUAGUAAAACUGCUGUAAAGAUGAUGGAGAAUUUUGAUUCAGAGGACGACAACAUCAGUCGAGCCAGCUCCAACCGAUGGUCAGUGAUGGCCUUUGAGUUGCCAGGCUCAGAUAUACUUAAAACAGGAUAUCUAAAGAAAUUAAAGACAAAGAAGGACAAGUUUUUUGUCCUGCGGUCCACAAGCAGUAGUGGCCCUGCCAGAUUGGAGUACCAUGAUUCAGAGAAAAAGUUCAAAGCUGGACAACUCCCCAAAAGACAGAUUCACCUCCAUAAAUGUUUCAACAUCAACAAGAAGUCUGACACACGACAGAAAAACUGUAUAGCCCUGUAUUUGGUGGAUGAGUGCUUUGCUGUGAUUGUUAAGGAUGCUGCAGAAAUGCAGGUUUGGCUAGAUCUAAUGCUGGAACAUCAGUAUGAGUAUUUGACAGAUGAACAACUACCCUACCCUCACUAUGACUACAUAUGGCAGGUGGAAAUCAAGCCCAAGGGCCUGGGUGUCAGCAAGCACCUGUGUGGGGGGUACCGCUUCUGCCUACAGGAUACUGUUUGCUUUGUGAGGAAUAACUCUGAUAAAGUCGACUUUGAAAUUCAGAUGAUGAAUAUAAGAAGGUGUGGCCACAAGGAAAGCUUUUUCUUCAUGGAACUGGGUCGUCACUCUCCCACUGGGUCUGGGGAACUGUGGAUGCAAGUGGAUGAUACACACAUAGCACAGACCAUGCACGAAGUGCUACUCAGUGCCAUGAGAGAGCCCUUUAGAUCACGCAGUAACACCAGUUCGUCAGGACGGAUUCGUGAUGCUGAAAUCGAGAGUAUAGAAAGUCGCAGUCGAGAGGGAAGCCAUGGACAAAGUUCACUGAGAAAUAAGAAGAAGAAGGUACCCCGACCAGGAAGUGCCCUCUCCCCAGAGAUCCCUCCCAUCAUGCCUCAGAUCAGCACAAGUCCCUCCAGCAGUCAUGCAUAUGAGAAUGAGGGGCGGUAUUCAAGCCAUGGAGUAUUUAUCCCUCCAAAGUCGGUCUUACUGACUUCAAACGAGAAUAAGAAAAACAAUACCCACAAAGUGACGUCCGACUCUUUCCGAGAACGAGGCUUUUCCAACAGCAUGGAGCAACAGAAGGCCCGUCACGACAGUUUUACCAACAAGAAGCCGGAGAUCUAUGGGUCUAGCCCUGGGGGAGAUUUGACCAUUGUCAAGCAUUUAGAUGUGAAGACUCCUAAUUCUUUGGAGACCACCAACUCGUACCUCGUGAUGUCUCCUACUCAGAGGUCCGUUUCUCCGUUAAGGGACCCUCAAGAACGAUCGGGGUCAUCUGCCUCUGAGCAUGAACCAAUGCCCAAGAUGGAGACUGGGUACAUGGACAUGAAGCCUGGAUCUGUGGGGAGUGGGGGAGCCAGUACUGACCCUGGUUACAUUGACAUGAGUUUGUCUACCCUACCAGCAGACAAAGGAGCCAUUUCGCAGAUGAACAGCGGUUACAUACCAAUGGGGACGGGGCAUGCUGUGAGAUUGACAGCUUCGGCUCCUAUCCCCAUAAGACAGCCCAAGGAGCCAGGUUAUAUGGAGAUGGGACCAUCUAGUCAACCCUUGCCCCAGAUCAAAGAAGGUGGAAGUGGUGAAGCCUAUUUGCCAAUGACACCAUCAGCCAACAGUCCUCUCCCCGGGACCGACACGCUCCGCCCCGCCAAAAUGAUCUGCUACCUCUCUGACGAUUCAAUGUCAGGUGACCUUCCAAAGCGGUCCUUCUCUGUGGGAUCCAGACCUAAUACCAAAACAAUGCGGCAUCACACAAGUCACGUGGAACCCAAAACUAAGGAGGAAGCUACGGAUAAUGGUCGCUGGCAGAGUGCCCCUCAUCUAAUUGCUCAAAAGAAGGCGCAGGCCUCUCACUCGUAUAUGAACUCUGAAUCUUCACUUGCCUCCAGUCCGUGUCAGUCUCUGUUCUCGGAGGACUCAAUGAUGGAAAUGGAAUACCGGCCUCGCGCUACGAGUGAAAGUUAUAGACCUCGAACUUCUAGUGUAGGAAAAAUCUUGUCACAAUCACGUCAACGGUCCUCAAGUUAUGGACAGCAAUCAAAACUAGCCCAGCUUGCUCAUGAUGUUAGAAGGAAAGUAGGAUCCUUUGAAUCGGUUCGUAAUUCUGCUAUAGAUAAACAGUUGUUUCAUCGCUCCUCUAAUGACUCCAUUGGACAUUUGUCUUUCUCGUCCAAGGCUUCAUCCUCGGAAUCUCUGCGUCUCUCCAGUAGAAAUUCCGAGUACGUGGACAUGCACCUUGACAAAAGUAAUGAUACGGGUUACAUAGACAUGAGUAUAGGAACCCCAAAGAGCACCAAAUCAAGUGCAUGUCAUUCGAGGAGUUCAUCAAACCAAAGCCUUAGCUCUUCUCCAGCUAUCGUAAACAGUUUUGGAAUCAAACAAGAACCAAUACACAAUGUCAAAAUAAUCAAGUCCAGUGAUGGAAAUUCACAGAAAUCGUCUAGUUUAAAUGUGAGCUCUCGCUCCUCUAUAGCCAGCAAGAGUCCUUGUGGGUCAGGAAGGGAAUCCGAGGAUGAGAGUUAUGUCCCCUAUGCACCCGGAAUCUCUGGUGAUUCUCAGGGACAGGAAUCUAGAUCUGGGUCAAUGUCAGACAAGAAAACAAGUUCAAGGUCAAACUCUUUGUCCUCCGAUAGGAGACCUGGAUCUAGGUCAGGCUCGUUUGGAUCAGACAAAAAUCCUGACUCCAGAUCAAAUUCGUUUGGCUCUCGACCUGGACCUAGGUCUGGAUCUUUCAAGGCAGAUCAGAAAACUCACAAGAGUUCCAGACUAGGUCGACAUAGUCCCAAAACAAGUCUGGUGUCCCCGGAAGCUCAGAAAAGUGGAGACCGAAAGGCUGCGAAACAGUCGGAUGAUAAUCAGUAUAUUGACUAUGAGCCAGGCACUGUAGAUAUCAAUGUGAAAACACAUAAUCCCCAGGCUGGCUCUAAAGAUGGAGAGUGCAAUACCACUAUUGUGUCAAGAUCGACGGUUCAAAAACCAAAUGCCCAGGUUCCUCAGUACAGCAUGUCAACUGACCCAUUGUUCUCAGCCAUGUUGUCACUGAAACAGAAAGGAGUAGAGAGUGAGAAAAGUGAAAUGGUGAAAAACUCUGAGGCAAAUUCUCAAGGAAAAGAAGAUACCACCCAGCCAAAGACUAUGUCUUCAGAAAGCUAUUCAUAUAUGGAGUAUGCUCCUGAUACUUCAAUCACUGUAGAUUCAACUUUUAAGAGUCCUGAGGUGGCCAGGUCAUACUUUAGCCAUGAGGCAAGUUCUAAGGAGGAGAAUGAGAACGAAGCUCCGAAAAAUAUUGCAGAGAAAGAAGAUCAGACUGGUUCUCCAAAGUUACCAAGCAGUUCUCAGCCAGAGUCAGCUAAUGAUGGGGAAGGAAGGAAAAGGAAAACGAGCCGGAAAGAGAGUGGGGAGGCGGUGGUGAGGCAGGUGAUGCCGAUGAAAACGGUUCUACUGGACAACUCGGAGGAAGACGAUGGAUAUGUGGGGCUGGACUUUGGGGAUAACAAGCGAGGCACAGACUCCCAACACUUAUCCAGACCCCCACUGAGGGUUAAUAUCACAGAGGGGACAUCUGUGGACGGAGAUUUGUAUAUGAGGCAGAACAGCAGGCAGAAAUAUAGUCCUGUAAACAAUGAAGCAAAAUUUAACAGUGUGACUCCCCAGACAGGGAUGAAGAAAAAGACAAGCACCAGUUCUCUUCAAGAUCAAGACACUUUGUUCAAAGAAGAUAAAAAGGAAACUGAAAAAAGCUGUGAGUCUUUAAAUCUUAAAAGUCCUAUUCCGCUCUCUGUAACCUCCAGCCAGGAGCUUCAGAAGCAAAACAGUAUGCCCUGCAUGGCAAUAGAAUCGGAUCCUUGUAAUAACAUAAAGCGAGAGGAAGAUCUGGUAAAUCGACGGAGCUGCUCCGACUUAGCAAGUGAGUAUGAGGAAAUGUCCCUCCCAGUAAAAGGUUCAAAAUCAGGGUCCACCCAGCAGCUCUCCAAUGAACCUGCACUGAACUAUGCCAAGCUGGACCUGGGAUCAUGUGAGGAAAUUCCGGUGGACCAGAGACCACGCCAGACGCGACAUCCUUCCUCUCCAGAUGAAACCGGGCCGCCCGUUCAAGGCUAUGCCGAGAUAGACUUUGAAAUGUCUGAUAAUCUGAAAAAUGCACGAAGCAAGGAAAAGCAGCCGGUCAAGUUCUCUAUAGAGUAAUGUACAACAAGCUUUAAUUAGUUCAGGAAUAUCUAGCUGUGCUUUAUAAUUGUGUGGUGAUGUAAUCUGCCAAGGUCUCUGUUGUUUCUGUUUUGUUGUCAGUGAAGACAAUUGUUUACAGUGUAAUAAAUCAAGCUUUCCAGGUGAUAAAUGUGUUAUAAGUUUUUACAUUGUAAUACUGGCAUUGAUAUAUGUUCAUAGUUAUCAAAUCAAUGCAUUAUUAUGCUUGAUAAGAAAUCAUGUGUUUCAUUAUUGCUAUGAUUGGGGUUGUGUUCUUCAACAGUAUAAAUGAACUUGAUGCAUUGUUUGACCUUUAGUGUUACAUUGCUGUAUAUCUGUAUAUGUAUAUGCUGCUAGCAAGUUGUUAAGUGUGAAAGUUUCUAUGAAGUAUGUAUGUGUAUUGUGCAAGUGGUAUUGAUAAGUUGUAUGUAUAUGUAUGAAAGUUAAGAUUCAUAUACAUGUUUCUGUAUGUAAUGGUUAAAAUGAAUGCCAGAUUAUGAGGCAUUGAUUAUGAUUAAUCAUUCUCAAUAUUUUUAAUUGCUGUUACGAAAAUUUAUGAAGCAGAUUUUUAUUGUCAAAUUUUAUUGUUUUACAACAUCUUUGGAAGAAUUUAUUGUUUUAUUUUACCAUAAUUUUUAGAAGGAAUUUAAUCUGAAUAUUGGCAUUACAAACUUUUGCUGGUUGUAAUAAUUUGUAGGUAAUUAAAAGCACAUUAAAUGUGAAUGAACAGGCUUGGUUGAAUAUCAUGGAAUGCUAUUGGCAAAGAAUCUUAUUCAUUGUUUAUUACUUUUAUAAAAAUCAGAAAAUGUCUUGACUGUCAAAGAUUUACUCAAGGAAUCAUUGCAAGCCAUUAGUCAUAAAUCAGGCAAAAUGUUUGUUUUCCAUCACAACUAUAUUUCUUGCUUUCUCUGAAAACCUUGAUUUUCAUUCAUAUAAAUCUUUUGUUUGGCCAGUAAUUAAGAAGAGAAGAAAUUGCAUGUUUUUUUCAGAAAAAUAAACUAAAUGUGUAAGUUUGUUGUAUCUCUAAGAACAAUAAGUGAUAUGAAGGGGAGAUAAAUGUGAUAUAGAUAGCGAUUACACAAUGUUUAGUGCCUUACCGCACCAAGACAGUAUACAUAUAUGUAGGUGGCGCUCGGUCUAUCAGUAUUUGUACUCGGUGGCUAUCCUCUGUAGUAUUACUAUCUACAUUAUAUUUACCUGUGAUGGGGAACAGUAUCGCUGACUUUGACCCAUGGAAUUUCUUUUAAUAAGUUUUAACAAUCUGUGAAAGUUUUCAAUCAUAAUAUUAGUACUGUAAACACAUUAGUGUCGAUAGAAUUAAGUAACCGCAGAAUUCACUUUAAAAGUCAUAUACAGUUAUACACGCAGGAAUGCAACAACAAAAAACUGCCUUUUACGUUCUUAUUGAUAUAAAAACUUAAAGGUUCUAUUUUAUUAUAAGAGUACCUUAAACUCUCCCACUCCCCUUGAUUGUUUUAUGUUUUAUGACACCUGAUUACCUCCCUUAUAUUUAUGUAUCAUAAUUGUCAGUGGUUUUUUUAAAGAUUCAGUUGCAGAGAAUAUGGUGGUUCAAUAUAAAGUCUAUUAUUGUGUACAUGUUUUUUUAUCCACAAAAAAGACAAUGUGUUGCUAUGUUUAUUGUUAUCUGUUGUCCACUAUUUUCAUGUUACAGAAUAUUCAGACAUAAAAACAAAUAAAAGUACAGAUCUAUUGAAAA